GCCACGCUGACUGUGGUCCACUAAGCAGCCGGAGAAGUUUGUGGAUGAAGGAAGAGAGGCUGAGCUGGGGGCGGUGUGGGGGGGGGGCUGGUUUUGAGGUGACUGAUAAGGGAGAGAGCGCCUGCUGCAAUUUCAGCUCUCCUCUGCAUGCUCGUCAGAGGAACAAUGGAAAGGGGAGAUUAGACCUAAUUCCAAAGAGAGAGAGAGAGAGUGAGUGAGAGAGAGAGAGAGAGUGCACACACUUCAGAGAGAAAGAAAACAAAACACAUUCCUGAAGAACAGGAGCAAUCAGCAAAGACGGGGUGGGGGGGGGGCAGGGUGUCUACAUGGGGGGGCGCCAGGCAAAUUAAAACCGUCUCAACAGCGGGAUAGAGGAACUCAAACUUCACGGUCCAACAGAAACUCGGACGGGCCCGACUGUGAGGAAGGACGUCCUGGAAGAGCAGGUACGGGCAAUUGGGGGAUUCUUUAUGCCUUUACACAGGGGAGCCUGGGAAGAGACUCAAGCAAUCCAUCUGUUUAAGAGCCUGAGGAAUCAGGACGGGGAGUCGGGCUGUUUGUAUGUGCUGGAAGGCACCUAGGUCACCUGAAGGAAUGAUUUCACACUUAUAGAUGUACCAUGAUUUGAAACAGCUAAACUGUGGAUCUCCUGCUUAUUCAAAGAACUGUUCCACACAGACUUAACAGCAUUAAUCAUCCUUACUGAGCAUCAUCUUCUCAUCAGCUCAAAUUCUCCCUGCAUAUUGGACAUCUGUAAUUCCUCAAUGCUGGGAAAGAUUCCUAACCCCUCGGAAAGCAACGGGACUCCGUAUUUCUAUUUUUAAAACGCGAGUGACUGCAAUAUUUGUUUAACAGUAUCCGUCAGCUUCCGUGGAUAAUCAAAGAAGCUGUGGGAUUCAGUCUGGCUCGACUUUCAGAUUGAAAAGGCUGAGGAAUAAACCUUAUCUUAUUUUUCUUGAGGAAGAGAGGGAGGUGGGCAGCUAGGAACAGCUAGUCCCGGCCGGGUGGGAGUACACAGAGGAAGGAGAAGGGAGAGAGAACAGGGCGUGUGCUGGAGCAGCCCGGUGCCAGUAGGAGAAGACAUGCCGAGCAGGUGGAGGUCCUAGCAGGAGAGUCCCAAGCAGACCACACCCUCUGAAGGAUUCUCACACGAGACACCUGGGGAGGGCUCCGGAGCACAGAGGACAUGGGGGCGCGAGGCACGGAAAACGCGCCUGAGGGAAAGCAGGCCGUAUGCCGGACUAGCAGCCACCUCUCCAACUCCACCUACCGCAAGAUUAAGAGAGUCUUGAGCUUCAAGAGACGUGUCUUUGGGCAGCGUCUGGAGGAGACUGUGGUCUACGAGCGGCGCUAUGGAGAGCAUGCAGCACCCCUGGUGGUGGAGCAGUGCGUGGCAUUUAUCCGUGAGCACGGCCUGCAGGAAGUGGGGCUUUUCCGGCAGCCCGGCCAGGCCACGCUGGUCAAGGAGCUCCAGGUGGCCUUUGACACCGGGGAGAAACCCACAUUUGACAGUUCCACGGACGUCCACACGGUGGCCUCCCUGCUGAAACUUUACCUGCGGGAGCUGCCUGAGCCAGUGGUUCCCUUCUCCCGCUACCAGGAAUUCCUGCAGUGCGGAAAGAGAGUCCACUUGGAAAGGAGACAGACUCUAGAAGAUCUGAAGAAACUGCUGCACGAGCUACCGGUCGCUAACUUCAGCCUGCUGCACUACGUCUGCCGGUUCCUGUUUGAAGUGCAGUCACAUUCCCACAUAAACAAAAUGAGCACCCAGAACCUAGCCACCGUGUUUGGGCCGAACAUCCUGCGGCCCAAAGCUGAUGACCCGGAGAGCAUCAUCGAAGGAGCAGCGCUGGUGCAGCAGCUGAUGUCAGAGCUGAUACAGGAGUGUGACGGCCUGUUUCUCAAGGACGCCGAAGCGGGACACGGGCCGGGCUCGCUCCUGCCGCCGGAACCUCCCGCAGAUUCGGCUCGGUGGGUACAGAGAUCCUGUCCAACCACGCUCGCCGAGGGCGGCCCCGGGCGCCACCAGGCCUCGCCACAGCUGUCGCUGCCCUUCGCCUCCACGCCCCGGGAAUCUCCCCAGCCCACCGGAAACACCCCCCCAGCCCAGCACGCCUCGGAGAUGGAGCUCUGCCUCCCAGCUCCGCACACCACCACUCCGGGGGGCCUUGGCGACUUUGCGCACAGCAGCUACCGCCUGCCCCAUUCCCAGCGACAGGUCUUGGUGGAAAAGGCCACCCCCCUGCUCCGCACUGGCCCUCCUUAUCAUUCCCUCCUGCAGGAGGCCCAUCAGGCCAGCGACGCUCAUGAGAGCACUCUGUCUGUCUACGACAACAUCCACCUGGCCAACCACAAUCGGGCGUGUGCGGACAGCAGCUCCUGGUCCUCCUGCGAGAUCAUCCUCGAGGGAGCCGCUCUCAGCGUCAGCCCGGGCUCUGGUGGCCAUUGCUCCUCCAGGACCGAUGUGGACCAGCCUGGGCCCGGUUCCCUGACCUCCUUGGUCAUCAGCGACGGGUCCCCCAGCAGCUGCAGUGACACCUUCCUGCCCCCAGCUGGCUCCGACCACCUGCCCGCACUGCAUUCAAGCAGCAGAUCCAUCCAGAGCCUCGUCACUGGGCUCCAGCAGCAGAUGGCCAGGCAGAAGGAGGAAUACGAGAGCCAGAUCAGAAGCCUGGAGCAGCGCAACGAGGCCCUGCAGGGCGAGGUGUCCAUCCUGCGCGGCAGCCUGGAGCAGCAGCGGCACUGGUACAGCGUGGUGCAGAUCAAGAUGCGCAACGCGGAGCGGGCCUGCGCAGACGCCGACCGCCGCAACGCCCUGCUCCAGCAGGAGAUGGAGCAGUUCUUCGACACCUUCGGGGAGCUCACCAAGGAGGCCAGGAAGACUGAGCGUAUCAUCCAGAGUUUCUGAGAGGUAGACGUCCUGAGCAGGACCGACAGGCUGAGUAACGGACCUCCUGGAACCAUCUGGCAGAACUUCAUUACGGCCUGGACGGUCACUCUUGGGAUUAUUUGCCCCACAGGCUGCUGUGGAAUUUUCUUUGAAGUCAGUGAGGUUUUUGCCAGUCUCUGCACUGCCGCCCUCCAGGGAUUACGCUAAGAUCAGCUCCAGCAGCAUCCACUGAACCCAGGGCCGAUGGAGGGGCAUGGAUACCCUGGCAGAUUCAAGGGGCCCGGCACUUCAAAGGGGCCCCAGAUUUUACCGAGGGGCCACUUGGGGUUGCAAAAUCAACCAUAGAGGGCCUAAGGUGAUAUUUUAUCGGGGGGGGGGAGGGGGCAGAAUCUCUAGCUAUGCCCCUGACUACUGUGUGGGUUUUUAUAAUGCAGGUCACCACAGUCCUGCCUGCCCCCACCCACACACAGCUGGGCCAAACGACAGCAGCUUGGUAAAGUAGCUCUUUGUUAAAUCACCUCUGAUGCUGACAAUAAAUAAAGUGUAAGAGUUCACUUUG